UUCUUUUUCAAACCUUGUGUCUGACAUAAGAUCCACCGGAUAUCCACCUGUCAACAAGGCAAGAUGUCAUCAGUGUCAUGGCUGGGCAUGUCGUUGAAGUUGAAUGUGUCGUUGACGAUGCAAACCCUGCCGUCACCUCCUACAUGUGGCAUCACAGCGGCAAUAUCAGUUACGGGCAGACGUUUCUUAAACACGUGUCAUCUUCUGAUUCGGGGAACCUAUCGUGCUCUGCUACCAAUAGACAAGGGACAUCAACUGCACAAACAGGCAUCGAAGUCUUGCAAGCUUACUCUUUGAUCGGGGACUAUGCCUCUCCAGUGUCGGUCAUAGCAACAGGAUCUGGCCUGGUCAUCCUCAUCCUCAUCAUCAUCUUCCUCCUCAUCAUCAUUAUCUACCAGAGGAGGAGAAUGAAGACUGCAAAACCUAUUGAGAAUCCACAGAGAACUGCACAGACCACCAGGACAGAUGUUGGAGGGAGCCAACAGAUGUACGAGGCCGUGGAACUGCCAAGUGGGGGUGCUGAUAAUACGUACUGCGCACUUGGAAUGACCCCAGUUAGAGAUGACGAUCCCAUUUACAUCUAUGGCAACCUUGGAUUUGAAGAUGAAGCAAACACACGCCAAGAGACUGGAACUGCUUCGGGCCAAUCCUACGGUGACAUCCAGCUUGAAACGAGCAAUAACAUACGAAAACAAAGAGCAAAAGACAAGAAAGUAAAACCAACCAAAGCACAGAAAGACGACGACGAGCCAACCUAUCAAAACUCCGUCGUCAGGAACUAGUCGUUUUCAUAACUAAGGAUACUGACAUCAUCACUUGACUUGGGAC